CACACCAUUAUUAUGAUAAUGUUGAACUUUAGCGGCUCCCCCCUCCAAGGAGAACGGAGUCGGGAACGAGGCAGGAGUGGAGAUAUUCUGCAGAAAAACGGGGCUGUGAGAGGGCAUGGGCGUCCCAGUGGACAGGAAGUCCAACACAAAGAAACUCCUGAAUGUUUUCUUCAGUUUUUGUCUCUCCACCUUUCUUUCUGUGUUGCAGGUCUCUUCUGGUCAGUGGAGAAGAUUUGCCACCACACUCUGGAUUUAUGACCAGGAGAAAGAUUUGACGCCACGUUUAGAGAGAAUGCAAACUUCUGGACCUCCGUUGAGCUGGAUUUUUCCACAAUGUUUGGCCGGAUUUGAUCCUGCAGCUUUUGCAACAAUGAAACGUCAUCUGGGAAGGAGAUCUUGAGGCUUUGAACAAACCAAUUUUUACCUGAACUGGACCUCCUCGAUGGUUUUUCAUGUCUCACUGAAGUCUGACCUGGAUAUCUGCAGCAGAGGAUGGAAAAAUCCUGUUUCUCUCCAUUAUAAACCACAGAAGCUUCAAAUUAACAGAUUUCUUACUGAAACUGCAAAUAAGAAAUUAACACGACAAUUACCAUUCAUCUUUGAGUUAAACCAACUUCUAAUGAAAUUAUGUUCAACCAACACGGAGAAAACUCAGAAAAUGAAGUUGGUCCAAAGAGUUUUACCACGUUAUAAAAACAUGAUUUUAGUGUGCUAUGUACUUAAUUAGGAAAUUUACAAGUUUUUAAGUUGAUUCCUCACAAAGAUUAAGUUUUUAACUCCAUUAUUUAAAAGGAAUUUUAAAUAAUGAAUCAUGAACACAAGUUUUAAGGUGACAAACAUUUGAAAAAUCCAUUCAGUUCUAAUUACAUUUCCUUCACAAAGUUAAUUAAGCUAACAGAAAAGUUUUAGCUUUUUUCAUUUAGAAAUACAAUCUUAAAUCUUAAAAGCAAAAAUGCACAAAUUAAAAUUCCUCAAUCGAUCAUUAACACGCAAAAAAAUAGUAGCAGAUUUGUAAAAUUCAACUUUAUGAUUCUGAACCAGUCGUUGCUGAGCUAAAGACUCGGACGGUUUGAACUUCACUGCUAAAUACGACUAACAUCACGAAAUAUUUCACUGGUAGAAAUGCUGAAAUCCUAAACCCAAGAGGAAGAAAAUUAAGCUACAAAGGAAUUUGAAUUGAGUUUUACAUCAACUAACAGAAAUUUGAGUUUAAAUUACCCAAAAUAUUAUUUAUUAUUUCAACCGUUAAAGAAAUGUUUGCAACAUGAAAGUUUUAUCUGACAGAGUAAAUCAGACUUUUAUAUCUUGCAGUUAUGUGUUUGAUUUAGUGGUCUGAAUAGAUCCCAUGGAUUAGUUCUCAGAGUGAGGACUUCCUGGAUUGUUCUUCAUGGUCUCUGAAGCAGCACACCGUCACCAGGAGCUCUGAUUUCAGCCUCACCGCCCGCUAAUGGGGGCCUCUAGAAGCUGCAGGUCCUCCAGAAAACCUCGGUGCUGUGCUUCUCUUUGCAUUGUGCUGCUCCUAUCAGUGAUUACGAUGACGCAUGCCUGCCCGAAGAUCUGCCACUGCUCCGACAGGAACGGCAUGGUGGUCCAGUGCACUUCACGUAACCUGGAGAGCAUCCCGUCCAACCUGCCCAGAGACACCGUGGUCCUCCUGCUGUCGUCCAACCGGAUCAGACACGUCCCCAGAGAGGCCUUCACGGACCUCCACCGCCUCCGGGAGCUGGACUUAUCUCACAACGCCAUUGAGAUCGUGGAGGUCGGCGCCUUCCAGGGAAUCUCAGACGCCCUGCGGAGCUUAGAUCUUUCUAAUAACCACCUCAGCAGCCUCCCCAAGGACACCUUCUCCAAGCUGCACGCCCGGGUCCGCCUCUCCCACAACCCCUGGCACUGCGAGUGCUCGCUGCAGGAGGUUCUUCGGGAGCUGAGGCUCGACCCCGAGACCGUCAACGAGGUCAGCUGCUUCACGUCGGUGCAGGAGGAGUACGUGGGGCAGCCAGUGAUCCAGGUCCUGGACUCGGGGAUCAAUUUCUGCAACUUCCACCACAAGACGACGGACGUGGCCAUGUUCGUGGCCAUGUUCUGCUGGUUCUCCAUGGUGACGGCGUACAUCAUCUACUACAUCAAACACAACCAGGAGGACGCCAGGCGGCACAUGGAGUACCUCAAGUCGCUGCCCAGCACCUCGCACAUCAGUAAGGACUACGACACGGCGAGUAGCGUCUUCUGACAGGACACUGAGGUUCUCCUGCUGUCGUACAACCGGAUCCUACACAAAGGGGCCUUCAUGGACCUCCAAGGCUUCUGAAGCUGGACUUACAUCACCAAGAGCCUGGAGGUUGGUGCCUUGCAGGAAACUCCAGAAGCCACUCAUACAGCCUCCCAAAGGAUCUUCUGGUUCUCCAUGGUCCACCAUAUACAUCUCUUAUGACAUUAAACAACCAGGAGGACGUAGAAGAAGCACCUUUAGUUUGCUUAGCAUUUCCCACAUCAGAAAGGAUUACAACACAGCAAGCAGCAUGUUUUAGAGCAUUAAACCUGCUCAAGGAAACGGUGGCUCUCAUGUUGUGGUUGAACGGGACGUCCAAAUGGAAGCCUUCAAGUACCUCCAUUGGCUCCAUCCUACAAAGCCUGGAGGUCAGCGCCUUUCAAGAGAUCUUGGAUGCCCUGCAGACCUUAGAUCUUUCAGCAGCCUUUGCCAAGCUGCACAUCCGGGUUUGUGGUCAUGCUCUGCUGGUUCUCCAUGCAUCAUUUCCAGUUGUCAUUUAGUGAUCAAGGACUACAACUGAACAAGCAGCAUGUUUAAAAAUGAAACUGCAUCAGUGGAUGUGGAUCAAAGAGCAGCCUGAAUACAAAUGAAAGGGAAUGUGGCCCAUAAGAGACGUGAUAAACGCUGCAUAAGGCACAAAGACAUUCAGAGAAGGAUUAAAAUGUCAUCGUUAAGCGCAGCUCGGGUUUGUUUCAGUGAAAGAUGGCAGAUUGUUUCUCACUCAGACUCCAUGAAUAAUGUAUGAAACUAUUUUGAAGGUAAACUUUGCCAGAAUAGUUUUGCAUCUGUGGUUUUAGGAGUGGAGCCACCGAGUGAGGCGAACCUCAGCGUCCACGUUCUGUGAAAUGGGCUCCCUGAAAAAUAAUCCCCACAGCUUCACAGACAAAUAUCUGAGUUUAAAUCUGUUUAAAGUUUUAUGAUGUAUUCCAGAAAAACUGAGUCCUGAUGGGACUGUUGGGGGUGAAGCAGGCGAGGAGGAAAAGUGUGAUGUACUUUCCCUGUCAGAACUGAUGUACGUUUCCUUCUUAAUGUAAAGAGUUUGUAUAUUUAAUGAUCCAUAAAGGAUAGAAGUUUUUAGUGGAGCUUUGGGGGCUUCUGUCACACCUUACAUUUAAGGUGGAAUUGCAGCCUGGAAUUAAAUUUCACACUUGAUGUUUUGCUUCAUAACUUUGUCACUUCUGAGAGGAGAAAUAAUCAGUUGGUGUGACAGAAAAACUGGAUUUGAUGUCUCACAUAUUGAUUUUUUUCUAAAAUGCCCCUAUAGGUUUUUAUAAAUUGCACUCACACAACAUUUUAUCAAGUUUGAGAUACUUCUGUGAGAUCUGUGCAGGGAGUUAAACCCAGCACAGUCAGGUCAAACCAACGGGGCAACAGCAUCCGUCAUCCACAUGUAAAGUCACUGCAUCUGAGGCUGCAGCUGCACUAAUACGUUUCCAUUUUACGGCCCAGUUUCAGAUCUCUAACACGCCUGGAAACACGCCACCUUUCAGCAGACAUGAAGGUGUAAACAUGAAGAAGUGGAACUGGUUCCUGAACCCUCUGAACUCCCAGAAGUCUCUAACCAGUGUCUGAUUAGCUGGACCAACCUGGUUUUCUUCUAUUUCUUGUUCAUUUUAGUGCCUGGUGCAACUAAAGGUCCAUUUGUUUGGACAAAUAUAAUGACUGACAGCUUCUGAGUUGUGCUUGAAUGUCAGCAGGAAACCACUGUAGGCCUUUGAAAUGUCCUCUUAUAUACCUGGUCAAAAAUGUCUUUGUUUUCCAAAGCACAAAUGAUGUCCUCACAUGUCUUGUUUAGUCCAAAUAUACUCACAUGCAAAAGAAACGCAAGUUUCUUUUACCCGAUGAAAAAUUAAAUUUGGU